UAAUAAUAACAAUGGGAAACCAUGUCUCAUUUGGCGCCUCACAUGUAAGGGGCAAAAUUGUGUUCUGCGAUGGAUCCGUUCAAGAAUUCGACGAGCCGUUAACGGCGGCGGAGCUCAUGUUAGAGCAUCCGCAACAGGUGGUGGUGGAGAUGGACUCCGCCAUGAAGGAGAGAAGGCCAACUCCAUUGCCUGCUGACAAGAAGUUAGAGAUGAGAAAAAUGUACGUGAUGCUUCCGGUGAAGCGAGGGAAGGCGGUGGGACUGAGCGGCGAAGAGUGCCGCCGCAUUGUGAUGAUGGUUAAUUAUUCUGCCACACUUCAUUGCAAGUACAACGAUCUUGCGGUGUGUUCUCCAAGGCUUCUUCCUUGGAUCGCAAGGCUUUGGCGGAACAAUGAAAUGUUGCAGAGAAAGGAGGAAAACAUGGCGGGGAAUAAUAUUGAGCAACUAGUGCCGGAAAUCAUUGAAGACAGGCCGGAAUAUUAUCUGAGUAGGCAAAUGUCCGGGAAAGGAUGGAAGCCUAGCUUGGACACCAUUAAGGAGAAGAACAAGAUUAACACAAAACUCUCUCGUUGGUUCUUCAUCAAAAGUUUUUAAUUUAAGUGAAAACUCUCGUGUAUUUAUCGUUGAUUGAAAUUUAAAAUUAAAAACGGCUUAAUAUAUUUGACUAAAUUAUUAUCUAACUAUUUUUAAUUAUUAAUUCUAUACGAGAACAAGUAUACAGUGAGUAAUCGCCUUUAAGUUGUUUGUUUAAAUUUCAUGUUAACAUGCCUAAAACUGCAUAAUGAAACAAGAAUAUAGCAAAA